AUGUGUCUUUCAGCAGAAUCAUUCAAUUACUCAACUGCUCGUGCGAGCAUUUUUCAACUUUCGAAUGUCCUAGGCCGUGAAUUCUUGGAUGCCUACAUAGGACUCAUAGCAAAUCAGAAGCUCCAGACUGAAUUAUAUGUUCUGUCAUUCUUGCUCAAAAAUCGAGUUUAUUCUGGCGAUCUGUGGGAACUGGUUGGGGAGCGCAGCAUAGAGGCGAAACAAGAGGAAACACUGCGAAGACAUCAGAGCCACGUCUUGGAGCUCGAUCCAAGCAUCCCAUCAGGCCUCCCUCAAGGCAAACGGUUGCUCCUACAGACUGUGCACCUCUACCCAUCUUUGAUGGAAACAUUAUCGCCUCUACAUAUCCCUCUCUCUUUGGCACAUGGUAAUUCCACCUCGCAGGAAGGAAGACCAACGUCUGUCUGUCUGAAUUGUAUUGGCUCCUCAUUGCCCCUGUCGAGUACAUGGGUCACUGCCGACAUCCAAAAAUCCUUUUAUAAGUUAUUCGAGCAGGAACUGACCAUACAAGGGGAGCUAAUGGUGACAUCCCUGGCUACCAGACGUAGCAAUGCCUACCUGCGUAACCUUGGGUUGGAUUUACUCAUCUUGCAGGCCAAGAGAUGCCACGCCCUCACAGAGAUAGCGCUAUAUACAAUGGCCAUCAGUAAUUUUUAUGGACGCAAGCUCUGUGAUAUUAGUUCGUUGACAUCUUUGGAUUCAAAUAUUGUCCAACUUCUGUGUAACGAAGCGCACUACCACGACGAGGAUAUCAACGACGGCACAGAGGGGAGCUGUGAAGACUAUGAAGAUUAUGAAGACUAUGAAGAUUACGAAGACUACAAAGAUUACGAAGACUGCGAAGACCUCGACAUUCAGUGA